CGGCUGCCUCUCGCCGCUUUCCGGCGCACAUCGCCCACCGAUGCGCAUCGCUGCCACGCACGCGAACCCCGCCGCCCCUACUCCGUCGGUGAGCCGCUUGUGAGCGUCUUGGAACCGGCGGGGGAUCGUCAUGGUGCGCCGCGUGAAAUCCUGCGCGGCGCGGGGAGCCGCGCUGCCGAGCGGCUGAACAACGGAAGACUUCCCCGUCAUCCUCUUCUCGUCGUCCUCUUCGCCGCCGCCUGCGAACUCCGCUUCGGCUUGGAGAGAUGAUCACGGAGCUGCUGUGCACCGCCGUGGCCGUGGGGGUGUACGUCAACACGCUGGACGCGGACUUCUGCUACGAUGACAGCCGAGCAAUCAAGACCAACCAGGACCUUCUCCCAUCGACCCCAUGGAUCAACAUUCUGUACGACGACUUCUGGGGCACCCUGCUCACCCACAGCGGCAGCCACAAGUCCUUCCGCCCGCUCUGCACCCUCACCUUCCGCCUCAACUACGCCCUGCACGGCCUGCGACCCUUCGGCUACCACCUGCUCAACGUCGCGCUUCACGGGCUGGUGACGGCCGCCUUCGCCGCCUUCAGUCGCCCGCUGUUAGGCGGCGGACUCUGGAGUCUCCUGGCCGGCCUCCUCUUCGCCUCUCACCCGGUGCACACGGAAGCAGUGGCCGGAGUGGUCGGGAGGGCGGACGUCGGCGCCGCUUUGUUCUUCUUGUUGUCUCUUCUCUGCUACGGGAGACACUGCGGUCUUCGGGCGACGCCGUGCUGUGGCAGAAGUGGCUCGGCGGUGCGCUGCUGGAUGUGGAUGGCUGGCAGCUUGGGCUGCGCGGCAGCCAGCAUGCUUUGGAAGGAGCAGGGAGUGAUGGUGCUCGCGGUGUCGACCAUCUAUGACCUCUUUGUCUUCCGUCGACUCACAUUCCGCCAGGCCCUUCUGCUCCCGCUUGGAAAGAAGAAGAACCUGAAGCUUUUGCUGAGUCUCACUGGUCUGGGUACCUGGGGCAUCAUUCUGCUGUCAGGUCGCAUCUACUGGAUGGGUAACAAGCCGCCCAAUUUCUCCAACUCAGACAACCCGGCAGCAGACUCGCCACAUCUCCUCACCCGGACGCUGACCUUCCUCCACUUGCCUGCCGCCAACGCCUGGCUGCUGCUCUGUCCUGACAAGCUGAGUUUUGACUGGUCCAUGGACGCGGUACCGUUGGUGAAAUCCUUGGCCGACUGGCGGAACCUUCACACCCUAGCCUUUUACGGAGGACUGAUUCUUCUAUCUUGGUUUGGGUUUCACGGCCCCACCUCAAAAGGAAAGGACCCAGAUGGGAAAGUCACAAAUGGGAAAUCGCUUACCAAUGGGAAUGGUUAUCACGCCCCUGAUACGAACCACAACACAGACUUGGGGCCACCAAUCACCCUGAAUGGUUCAGUCGGAAGUCACGGUGACCCUCCACGGAUCUCCCUACCACCCACAGAAAACCUUGUGAUAUUCUCACUGGCCUUACUAUCACUACCUUUCAUUCCGGCAUCCAACCUCUUCUUUUAUGUCGGAUUCGUCAUCGCUGAGAGGGUACUCUACAUUCCUAGCAUUGGCUACUGCUUACUCGUGGCCACUGGCGCAAGAACCUUGUACGUCAGACUGAGAAGAAGAGGCUGCAAGGCCUUGCUGUUGAGUCUAUGCUUGGGGCUCGUGCUGCUAAACGGACUGAGAACCAUUCAAAGAAAUAGAGACUGGAGCAAUGAGGAGAAUCUGUACAAGUCGGGAAUCAGUGUGAACCCUGCAAAAGCUUGGGGCAAUCUAGGAAAUGUUCUGAAGAGCCAGGGCAAGAUGGCGGAGGCGGAGAAAGCAUACAGGAAUGCUCUGCACAACAGAGGGAACAUGGCUGACAUGCUGUAUAACCUGGGUUUGUUGCUGCAGGAGAACGAGAGAUUUUCAGAGGCACUUCAUUACUACAAACUGGCUAUUGGGAGUCGGCCAACGCUAGCAUCCGCCUACCUCAACACGGGAAUUAUCCUGAUGAACCAGGGCAACCUGGAAGAGGCCAAGCGGACCUUUGUGACAUGCGCCAACAUUCCUGACGAGAAUCUCAAGGAUCCCCACACCCACAAGAGCUCUGUCACCAGCUGCCUGUAUAACCUGGGGAAACUCCUGCACGAGCAGGGCCAACAGGAGGAGGCCCUCUCUAUUUACAAGCAGGCAGUGCAGAGGAUGCCCCGACAUUUUGCACCACAUAGCCUUUUUAACAUGAUAGGAGAAGCCUACAUGAGGUUGAACAAGCUGGAGGAGGCAGGUCACUGGUACAAGGAGUCCCUCAGGGUCAAGCCGGACCAUAUCCCGGCCCACCUCACUUAUGGAAAACUGCUGUCCAUCAUGGGGCAGAAGACUGAAGCGGAAAAGUACUACCUUAGAGCCAUUGAGCUGGACCCCAUGAAAGGAAACUGCUACAUGCACUAUGGUCAGUUCCUGUUGGAGCAGUCCCGACUGGUCGAGGCGGCGGAGAUGGCAGAGAGGGCCGCCGAGUUAGAAGGCAGGGAGUUCGAUGUGGUCUUCAGUGCAGCGCACAUGCUCAGACAGGCUAGUUUGAACGAGGCGGCAGAAAAACAAUACCAACGUGCAGCCUCCCUUCGACCAGACUACCCGGCGGCUCUCAUGAACCUCGGCGCCAUCCUGCACCUGAACGGAAAGCUGGCCGAGGCCGAGGCCAACUACCUACGGGCGCUGCGCCUGAAACCCGACGACGCCAUCACUCGCUCCAACCUGCGCAAACUGUGGAACAUCAUGGAGAGGCAGGGGCUCGCCACCAGGAUGGAACAGCCUUCUACUUGAAUAAACCGCUGGGGGGCACAGUGUGGUGCCGGAGUGAACUGUGAUGGCGCUACGCCGGCCGGCUCUUUCAUCCCGACAC